CAUAUUCCGUCACAAGGAUGGACCACACUUUGACUGUAAAUCCACCUGCUGAUGGGUUUGGUUGCUCCCCCCAUUUCUGCCAUUCAUCUCCUGUGGGUAGAGCUACUGUUAGCAUUCGUGUGCAAGCGUUUCUUUGAACACCUGUUUUCAGUUCUCUCGGGCAUAUCCCUAGGAGUGGAAUUGCUGGGCCAUGUGAAAAUUCUGUUUAAGCUUUUGAGGAAUGACGAGACUGUCUUCCACAGUGACUGCGCCAUCUCACAUUCCCAUCGGCAAUGUAUGAGGGUCCAUUGUUUCUACAUCUUCACCAACACUUGUUACUAUUUUCCUUUUAAUUAUUAUUAUUAUAGUCGUGCUAGUGGGUGUGACAUAGUAUCUCCUUGUUUUGAUUUGCACUUCCCUGGUGACCAGUGAUGUUGAGCAUCUUUUCACGUGGUUGUUGGCCAUUAAUAUAUUGUUUUAAAAUGUCUAUUUAAGUCUUUUGUCCAACUUUUACUUGAGUUGUUUAUCUUUUUGUUGUUGAGUUAUAAAAGUUCCUUAUGUAUUAUGGAUACUAGACCCUUAUCUGACACGAUUUGCAAAUAUUUUCUCCCAUUUUGUGUAUCGUAUUUUCACUUUGUCAGUAGGGUCCAUGAGUUCAUUUUUGUUGAAAAUGAAAGAUACAUCUCUUUCAUUAAAGCAGUCUGAACAAAUAUUGCCAUAAACAAAUGGUGGUUAUCUCUGGGCAGUUCAGGUUGUCACGAUUUUAUGUUAUUUCUGAACUAACCCUGGCAAUGAUUUCCGAGUUUGCUAAUUUUGCAAAUUGGUAAAUGGAAAGUGAAAGUUUCCAAUUAUUAGCUCACAUUACUGUGAUGUGUGUACAUCUUGAAAAGGACCCAAGCUGCUGGACAUGGAGGGGGUUUCCGAACACACACCCCUGGAGGUGAGGAUGCUGUCACAGUCCCCAGGCUCCACUGGCCAGAUGGGGAGCCCCAGCCCACCCCUAUCUCAGUUUCUGGUCAUUGUCAUUCCGUUUUGUUUCUGCUCUUCACUCUCGGGCCUGCCUUGGGAAAAGGAAACCGAAACUGAAGCUGCAUUCGGCUACUGUGUGGCUGGCUCCCUGACACCACCCUCUGACGUGAUUGCUGAGGCUUUAAAACGGCUGAGCUGCCAGGACUGGAGAAGAGCUGAGAGCAGAGAGGAAGCCAACCAGCGUUUGCAGAGGACCUGGCGCCAGAACCCACAACCAUGGCUGGGAACCUGAAGGUGAAGCUGCUAGGGGGCCAGCAGAUCCUGGUGCCCCUGAGGGACUCCAUGCUGGCAUCCGACCUGAAGCAGCAGAUCACCCAGCAGAUCGGCGUGCCCGCCUUCCAGCAGCGCCUGGCCCACCCGGACACUGGCACGGUGCUACAGGACAGCGUGCCCCUGGUCCACCAGGGCCUGGGCCCCGGCAGCACCGUCCUGCUGAUGGUGCAGAGCUGUGACGCCCCCCUGAGCAUCCUGGUCAGGAACGACAAGGGUCGCAGCAGCACCUACGAGGUCCAGCUGACGCAGACGGUGGCCGAGCUCAAGCAGCGGGUGUGCCAAAAGGAGCUCGUGCAAGCCGACCAGUUCUGGCUGACUUUUGAGGGGAAGCCCAUGGAGGACAAGCAGCAGCUGGGGGAGUACAACCUCACCAACUUGUGCACGGUGUACAUGCAUCUGCGCCUGCGGGGGGGCGGAGCCAGGCCGGGAGGGCCUUGGGGAGGUCGCCCCACCUGAGCACUGGGAAUAAAGUUGUAGCAA